UGCUCGUGCCUUUAACAGUCUCAUGCUCCGCCAUCGACCUUUGGAUCUCGAAGCGGAUAGGCAGCUCCGUCGUCCACGGUGGCAAUUGGCUGCGCUCUUCUCCACUGGCUACAGCUGCUUCCGCACAUCGUGGGCCAAACGCAGCAGACAGUGCGCGCACAUACAGUCUUUUACAUGCAUGCACGCACGCUAUGUGGAGUGAGUGCGUGCGAUGCUGCUGGAGCCUAAAGUCCUUCUUACCGUGGCGCUGUCUCUUAUUGAAAUGUUUGAAGAUUAACGAGGUCACCCGUGUCCUGUAGACCACAAGUUACUGCCAGCUGCACCCUGCAAGCCAGGAAGACGACAGCGUGUCGAGGCGGACCGGGAGGAAGGAAAUACCGCUAUAUCUGCGUCGGGCUACCGCAGUGCACGUAAUAAUGACCGAGAAACGGAUGUCGCGGUGGUAUUUCGGGGGGCUUGCGUCCUGUGGAGCCGCCUGCUGCACGCAUCCUCUGGAUCUCCUCAAGGUACACCUGCAGACACAGCAGGAGGUGAAGAUGAGGAUGAUGGGGAUGGCUGUUCAUGUGGUGAAGAGCGACGGUGUGCUGGCUCUUUAUAACGGCCUCUCUGCCUCACUUUGCAGACAGAUGUCCUAUUCCCUCACCAGAUUUGCCAUCUAUGAGACAGUGAGGGACAUGAUGGGCAGCACAAGCCAGGGCCCCAUGCCCUUUUACCAGAAGGUCGUGCUGGGAGCCUUUGGAGGUUUCACUGGUGGGUUUGUUGGCACGCCGGCAGACAUGGUGAACGUCAGGAUGCAGAAUGACAUGAAACUACCACCAGAACUGAGGAGAAACUACAAACAUGCCAUUGAUGGGCUCUUCAGAGUCUUCAGAGAAGAGGGUGUGAGGAGACUGUUCUCAGGAGCCACUAUGGCCUCCAGCAGAGGAGCGAUGGUCACUGUGGGACAGUUGGCGUGUUAUGACCAGGCCAAGCAGCUCGUGCUGGGAACAGGCAUGAUGGGCGACAACAUACUCACACACUUUCUCUCCAGCUUCAUUGCUGGAGGCUGUGCUACAUUCUUGUGUCAACCUCUGGAUGUACUAAAGACGAGGCUGAUGAACUCAAAGGGAGAGUACACAGGGGUGACUCAUUGCUUACGAGAAACUGCCAAGCUGGGUCCGCUGGCGUUUUACAAGGGUCUCGUCCCCGCAGGGAUCCGCUUGAUUCCUCACACAGUACUCACCUUCAUCUUCCUUGAGCAGCUGAAGAAGUACUUUGGCAUUCGCAUCAUCUCCUGAGCAUGCUCGGUGACUGCCGCUCUCCAAACCAUCCACCGACACUGCCGCACACAUCACCCCGUGAAGGGGGCAGAAAGGGAAUCAUGUACAGUUUACUAUGGGCUCGUGCAUGUUUCCGUUCGCUCUACCUCUGUCUCACAACUACAGACGAAAUGAUUUUGAUAAUUUUAUAUAUAUAUAUAUAUAUAAAAUUAUCAAAAUAAUCUUUUUUUUUUUUUUUUUUUUUUUUUUUUUUUUUUUUUUAGGGCAUUAGUACACCAACUUUUGGAAGGGGCAACUACUAGAAUUAACAGACAGAAAUGCUUAAUAUAAGUGGUGUAACUGGGUAAUUAGAAUGACCAUGACAUUUAGAGAGUUUAAAAUUAGCUCUAGCAGAUGUUUACUGUAGUUGUCCAGUAUAAUUUCAGGUACGAUUAGUUACAGGAUGAGACGUACUGAUAGAAGGAGCACUUCAACACUUGUCAUGUUGAUGACCGUCGAAAUAUUGGUUUGAACUAAUUCCAGAUCAGAUAUUGGGAUUUAUGUUUUAAUCUCAGCAGUAAUUAAACCCAGUUCAGCAGUGGUGUUCGGUGCCUUCAGAGCCCACACCAGUGUUUUUGAUUAUGGCUUAAAAAGGUUUGUGCCAGGAAUGUGAUUCCUGUUACUUUAUUGGUGUCAUAUUAGGCCAAGACUGAGUUUAUGAUUUAGCAGAGGUUCAAUGGGGGUUCUGAUGAUCUAAAAUUUUCCCAAAAUCCAUUACUAACACAUGACUGCACAAACCGUUAUGCAAAUGCAUAGUAAUCAUUCCCAACAGUGGUGACCAAGUGUGAGGCACCCUGAAUUUACCAGAGUUGAUUUAUUUGUUUGUUGUUUCUUCACUAAAUUAAUGUUUUAGAGCUGGAAAUCAACUACUAGCAGGUUAGCAUGUAACAUGCAACUUUUACCUGAUUCUCCUUUACAUCAUUCCGAUCCUCUGUCAUCAUAUCGAGAAGAGGACCAAGCUUGUUUGUCUGCUGUUUUUAAGUAAAUGGGAGUUUGUGUGGAAACUGUGAAGCAGGGAGAGCACAUUUGGCAGUGGGUCUUUUUUUCCAGUCAUAGUGAAAUUCUGUAUGACCACUUGUUCUUACUGUUUGAAUAGAGAUGCCUGUUGAGAAGCCUGAAGAGAACUGCUCUACUGUACAAGUGUACAUGUAGCAUUUCCAUCUGUGAUGGGAUCAUUUAGCUGAAUGCAUGUCUGACUUUAUGACUCAGGAUGCUACUCUGUUUUAUAAGGCACUUUAUUAAAAUCGCUGGACUCAUACUGAUUAACCUGCUGUGUAGAAACACAUGCUCCAUACUAAAGCGUGUUCUAAAAGUAAAAAUGGAAAUGUUUUCAGAUGUUGUCAGUGGUUCCAAUUGAGGGCAAUCUGAUGUUUUGUGACUCUUUUCAGUUACAAUAAGUUUGACCUUUGUUCAGUGAUAAAAUGAAAUCUGUGUUUCCUCUGUUGACAGACACCUUGUCAAGUCAUGUUGCCUUACAGUAUGUGUCCUCCAGGGGGCAGUUUAGUAGCGUGUGAAUAAUGUUGAUACCUUCAUCCUAGUGUACAUUUAAAAAGAGACACAAACAGGGAGCAACCUCAGAUAGACUGUCUAUAUCUGCUCAUUCUUAUGUUCAUGCUUCCCUCAACAAUGUGAGGACUGUAGAUCAGCCACAGUAAGUAACAAAUGAAACUGGAGGGACCCACAGCUCUGGGUGUUGCAAAUUUGCAUUUUGUAGAUCACGAACUAAUGAUACAUAAAAUUAAAAUACUAAUGUGAAAAUACAA